AAGGCUGUGAGGUUGGAAUCGUGUGUGUGUGCGUGCGUGCACGUGUGGAGCAGCCUUGGGAGCAAGGUGCCCUGGGUCUGCGUUGGGGCAGACGGGAAUAGCCCUCGAGCUAUGAGCUGGCCGACUGGCCGUGGGCUCUUGCCCAGACUGCGCAGGGGAGAGCGAGCCGCAGAGGUGCCAGGCCGCUGUAUGCGGCCUAGCAGGUCCGGGCGCGGAAUUCGCAAGCCAAGGGGGAAGAGAUGGGUUGCAAGGACAUCCCGUGGCCGAAGAGUAAGGCGCCGGGUGAGGUCAUUGGUGUGGGAGAUGCGCUGUGUUAGUGCAGAGAGGCUGCAGCAGUGUCGGCAGCCACGAGGGAGAAGACAGGCGGCGGAGACAGCCGCGGCCGCGGAGGCCAACGGGGCUUCGAGGACUCCUGGCACUACAGACUCGAUUGAGGCUGCAGGGGACCCUGGGGCUGUGUGGGUGAACGGAGCUGUGGGGGAACCCCAGGUGGUGGGGCCUGCCGGGUCUGUGUGGGUGACGGGCACUGGGGAGGAGGAGCAGGCAGUUUGUAGGAGUCCCCGGGGCUGUGAGAGGAAAGGUCGUCCUGGAUCUAUGGGGCAUGAGAGUAUUCUGGAGCUGUGGCUGAAGGUGCAGGCUAUGAGGGCUGCUUCAGGAUGUGGGGAAGGAAGCAGAGUCGAGCUCCAUCCUGUACCUCCUGGAGAGGGGCCAGUUGAAAGGGGUGUACCUGGCCGAGCUUCGUGGGUAGAGACCAGCCGGGGUGGUCUUACAGGACCGUGGGUAGAAGGACAUGUCAGGGCAGCCCCCCAGGCCUCAGGAAUAUCUAAAGGCCUAGGGGCGGCUUGUGAGAGGCUCUCAGGCUUGUGUGGGCCUGGACAGGCUGUGAGGGUCCCACCUGUGGGUAUGCCUGGGACUGUAGAGAUGAGCUCUGGGUUGGUCCCACCCCUGCUAUGGGGAGGACAAGGUGUGGGGGUACCUGGGACAGUGGAGGAGACAGGCUAUGGCCAUGCCGCAGGCCCUUGGGGGAAAGGACCAACUAUGGGGGUACCUGGGCCCAUGGGGUGGCCUGAAGCUGUGGCGGUACCCAGAGGUGUAGAGGCAGAGGUAGGCUGUGGGGGUGUUCCAGGUCUGUGGGAGAGAGGGCAGUCAGUGGUGGUGCCCGGGGGUCUGGUACAAGAGACAGUCUGUGGGGAUACCCCAGGCUUAUGGGUAAGGGAACAGGCUGGGGGGGUACCCAGUGCUGUGGAGGAAGAAGCUACCUCCAUGGCUGCUCCAGGCAUAUGGCGGAGGAGACAAGCUCUGGAGGAGGUAGGCCCUGGGGGCAUCCCUGACCUGUGGGGCACCAGAGAGCCUGUAGGGGUACCUUGUACUACUGAAGAGGGAACUAGAUGUGGUGGUGACCCAGGGUUCAGGGAUGGAGGACAGGCUGUGUGGGCAGAGACAGGCUCUGCAGGUGACCCAGGGUCAUGGGAAGCUGUUCAGACGGCAGAGGUAUCUGGUCCUCAUGAACAGCAGGCAGGUCCUCUGGGUGCUCCAGGCCUGUGGAGUGUGGGACAGGUUAUGGGAGCACCUAGAGCUUUUGGGAAGGAGGUGGGCUGUGGGAGUGUCCCAGGUCUGUGUGGAACAGACCAGCCUGUGGGUGUGUCCCAGGCCGGGGUGGUGCCAGGAGCCAUUGCAGAGCAGACAUAUUAUGGAGGUAUCCUAGGCCUGUGGGACGGGCAGCAGGCUCUGGGGGUGCCCCUGGCUGACUCGGUGCCAGGGGUGGUUGGGCAGGAGCCAUGCUGUGAGCAUGUCUUGAGUCUGUGGGAAAGGAGGCAGGCUGUAGGGGAGCAAGAGGUUCUGGUGCCUACGGCUUUAGGGGUACCUGGGUGUGUGGAUCAACAGGCUGGCUAUAGGGAUGUCGCAUGUCUGUGCGGGAGGAGAGAACAAAGGAGGGAACAGGCUGUGGGCUUCUCUGAGACAGCAGGGGUGUCCGAGGCGUCGUCAGGCAUGCCCAAGCACAGGUGUGCCACAGCAGGGGUACCCACAGCCACAGGUGUACCUGUAUCUGGAAGGGUGCCUGCUGCUGUGUGGGUGUCUGGCCCUAUGUGCCCAGAAAUCAGCUCUAGAGAUGUCUUGAACCUGUGGGAAAGAGUUCCUGCUACUAGAAUACCCAUGGCUUCAGGGGUACCUGUGGCUUCUGAGGAACUGCUUCCUGUGAGAGAGAAUGCUGGUUCUGCGGCCUUCCCAGGAUUAUGGGGAGGGAGGCAGGUUAUUGGGGUUCCUGAGACUGAUAGGGUUUCUGUGGCUUCGGAGGUACCUGGUCUUGUUGGGAAGGAGACUGGCUCUGGGGUUGCCCCAAGAUCUUGGGGAAGGAGACAGAGUGCCAGGGUUCCUGUGGCUGCUGUUGAGGUGCCCAGGGCUCCUGGGGUGCCUUGUCCUCUAGGGGUAGAGACUGGUCCUGGGGGUUUCUCACAUGUGCCAGGAAGGAGGCAGAUUGCAGGAAUACCUAUGGCUGCAGGAGUGUCCAUGGCUGGUGGGGCGCCUAGGCCCGUGCAGGAGGAGUCUGGUUCUGGAGGUGUCUCAGGCUCGUGGGGGGAUAGAGAGACAGGGCAAGGACCUGCAGGUGCCAAGGGCCCCGCAGGGAUGGUGAUGCCUGCCACUGCCCGGAUGCCUGGGCCCAUGGGGGAAAAGGUGGGCCCUGGAAGCAUCUCGGACAUGUCAAGAGGGAGACAGACUGCAGGGGUGUCUGUGGGGCUUUGUACAGACCCAGGGGUGCCUGGGCCUGUAGGAGAGGAGACACUCUCUGGGGGUCGCUUGGACUUACCAGGAAGAAGACAGGCUGCAGAGAAGCCUGCGGCUGCUAGAGUUUCCAUGGCUAUGGGAGUGCCCGAAGGUACUGGGGUUCCUGGGCCGAUGGUGGGUGACACUAGCUCUGAGGAUGUCUCGGGUGUGUGGGGAAGGCGACUGGCAACUGAGAGGCGCACUGCUGCCAGGGCCUCUGAACCUGGGGGUGGGGAGCCUGGCUCUGAAGGUGUCUCGGGUCUGUGGAGACAGAGACCUGAUGGACAAGGCCCUGGGGCUGUGAGGGCACCCCUGUCUUUGGGGGUGCUUGCAGCUGUAGGAGUUCCCGUGGUGGGGCGCGUGCCUGCUGCUGUGUGGGUGACUGGGUCUGCAGGAGAAGAAAGGAAUGCUGCUGUCCCAGGCCUCACGGUGUCAGGGAGACAGUCUGCAGAGGGCCCUGGGACUUCAGGGGAGGAGCCAGGAGGUGGGAGUGUCCUGGGGCUGGUGGGGAGGAGCCAGGCGUCCGGAGUGUCUUACACCCACGGGCAAGGGACCAGGUUAUGGAGCUCCCCAGGGUCCGUGGGGCCAGAAACAGACUGUGAGAAUGUGCCAGGAGUGUCAGGUACGAGAAGGGCUGUGGGGGUGAGCGAAGCUGUGGAUGUGUCCUCAGUUUCAAGGGUGGAAACAGGCACUGGCCAUUUCAGGGACCACCCGCAACAGAGAGGGAGGCAGGCUGGACGAGUGUCUGGAAUGGGAACAAGGGGGGACAGUUUGGGAGAAAACUGUGUGGGGGAGGACAGACUGAGGGGGGCGUUCCGGUAGUAUGUGUAGGGAACAAAUUGGGGGGUCCUGGG